AGGAAAGCGCAUUACGUAGGCAAGCGGCUCCGCUCAACUUGCCACCUGCGCCGGGAGAGCUGCCGGGGAAGCGAGAUCCUGCCGGAGCCCCUCGCCCGCCGCUGGCCGCCCACCCGCCCUCCGCCAUGGACUGCUGCAAUGAGGGAGCCUGCACAAAGCUGGACGAGGACAUCCUGGACAUCCCUUUGGACGACCCUGAUGCCAACGCGGCAGCUGCCAAGAUCCAGGCUAGUUUCCGUGGCCAUAUGACCCGCAAGAAGAUCAAAGGGGGUGAGAUUGAUCGGAAAACCAAGGACGCCGAGUGCGCCAACAGCACCCGCGGCGGCGACCUCCGCAACGGUGAUUAGGGGCCGCCAGCUGCUCUCCGGAAACCCCUCGCCACCGACCCCCUCCCCGUCGCCACCCGCCGAGGCCCAGGAGCCCCCGCUUCACCCCCCGACCCCCGCAUGCGUCCCCCGGGGCCCCCCCACAGCCAGGCCCUGCCCCCGUCCCUGGCUGCCCCCCCCCACCCCAGAGAGCCCCCGCCCCAAUAAACGCCCCUGCCAGAGCCCCGGCCUGUCCUUGGUGCCUUUUGAUGUCACCAGCAGAGCGGUGAGGUCCCAGGCGGGGCAGCGGUGGGAGGGGUGUGGGGCAGGCGGUGCCCCGCAGGGAUGUCCCACCUGUACGUGUGACAUCACUGCCAAGCGUGUGACAGCUGGCGUGACAUCACGCUGGUGCACAGGGGGUGGCGUGACAUCGCUCGUGGGUGGGAGAUGACUUGUGGGGCGCUCCUGCCAGGAGAUGGGCGGUGAUGUCACUACCCGGACAUGUGACGGCUGCUGUGACACCACGCAGGUGCGUGUGAUGGCUGGAGUGACAUCACACUGCUGUGUGUGACGUCACUGCUAGGCAUGAUUGUGGGUGUGACAUCAGAGAGGCACAUGUCAUGGUAACGGUGACAUCAUGCAGGUACACAUGACAUCCCUGACGGACACGUGACCUGCCUGUAUGGCAUCACACAGGCAUCAGUCGGAUGUCACACGCUCAUGGUGACAUUGUGCCACCCGACACAGGGUGUGACAUCACGGCCAGGGGGUGUGACAACACGUGCAUCGUGAAUGUCACCUCACUCUGAGGACCUUGGCUGGUGCACUGUGACAUCACCCUGCCCUGUGACAUCACCCAGAAGGUCGUGGGACAUCCAUCCCCACCCCGAAAUCCGCACAAACUCACCCAAAGCGCCGGUGCUGGGCAGUGCAGCAGCUUUUAAUCAGAAAACCCCUAAAAAAAGUGUGUGUGUGUGUGUGCGUCCCCAUCACCCCACCCCCCACUUUUAAUGCUCUUUUAUGAAGAAUCCCUCAGCUCACCUGAUAUAUAGAUAUAGAAAAAAAAUAAGAAGAAGGGGACCCCCUGAGGUGGGGCUGGGGCUGGUUUGGGGGGUGAUAUUUAUGGGGAGACUCAGUCCCUCCAAACCCAGCGAGCCCCUGCACCCAUUAAACAGGCCCACGAUGAGUCCA